AUGAUUAGUCCCAGCCAGAGCAGCCCAGGUAGCAGGAAGGGGAUUGAGAAGCAGAGGGAGCAGCAGAAGGAGAUUGAGAAGCAGAGGGAACAGCAGAAGGAGAAGGAGAAGCAGAGGGAGCAGCAGAAGGAGAAGGAGAAGCAGGGGGAGCAGCAGAAGGAGAUUGAGAAGCAGAGGGAGCAGCAGAAGGAGAAGGAGAAGCAGGGGGAGCAGCAGAAGGAGAUUGAGAAGCAGAGGGAGCAGCAGAAGGAGAUUGAGAAGCAGAGGGAGCAGCAGAAGGAGCAGGAGAAGCAGAGGGAGCAGCAGAAGGAGAAGGAGAAGCAGAGGGAACAGCAGAAGGAGAAGGAGAAGCAAAGGGAACAGCAGAAAGAGAAGGAGAAGCAGGGGGAGCAGCAGAAGGAGCAGGAGAAGCAGAGGGAGCAGCAGAAGGAGAAGGAGAAGCAGAGGGAGCAGCAGAAGGAGAAGGAGAAGCAGAGGGAACAGCAGACGGAGAUUGAGAAGCAGACGGAGCAGCAGAAGGAGCAGGAGAAACAGGGGGAACAGCAGAAGGCGAAAGAGAAGGAGAGGGAGCAGCAGAAGGAGCAGGAGAAGCAGGGGGUGCAGCAGAAGGAGCAUGAGAAGAAGGGGGGCCAGCAAACGGAGCAAGAGAAACAAAAGGAUCAAGGGAAGAAGAGGAAGGAGCGGGAGCAGCAGGACGAGCAGGGGAAAGAGCAAGAGAAUAAGCUGGGAAGGCAGGAGAGACCAGGUGGUGAGGAGCAUAAAGCCGUGAGAAGGGGUGAGGGGGAGGGUGGAAGGAGUGUGGAAGGAACAAAGGAGAUAAAAAAGAAUGUGGAAGGAACAAAGGAGAUCGUUUCUGUCAACGAAGUGCAAGGGGAUAAGGAAAAGGAGGCAGAGGGGAAGAGAGACGAGGAGAAGAGGCAGGAGGAGGCGAGGGGAGCAGUAAUGUCAGGAGGGGGGAGAGAGGGAGAGGAGAGGAAGGGAGGGGAGAGUGGUGCUGCUGUUUUGGAACAAGGGAGGAGGGUGGGUGAGACAGUGACUGGUGAGUCAAGGCAAGGGAAGAGGCGACGAGGUGAAGAGGAGGACAGAGAGAGGCGGGUGAGAGCAAGGGAGGAGGAGGAUAGGCGGAGAGAGGAGGGGAGGAGACGAGAGGAGGUGGGGAGGAGAGAGGAGAUGAGAAGGAGGGAGGAGGAGAGAACGAGAGUGGAGGGGGUAAGGAGAGAGGAGAGCGGGAGGAGGGAAGAGGGGAAAGGAAGAGAGGAUGGUGGGAGGAGGGAGGAGGGGGGAAGGAGAGAGGAGGGGGGAAGGAGGGAGGGUAGGGGAUGGAAAGAGGAGAGAGCGAGGAGGGAGCAAGGGGAUGGGAGAGACGAAAGGGGCUGGAGGGAGGAGGGUAGGAGGAGAGAGGAGCGGGAAAGGAGUGAGGAGGAGGGAGGAGGGGAGGAGGGUAGAAAGAGAGAGGAGGGUAGGGGGAGAGAAGAGGGCGGGAUGAGGGACGAGCAUAUGCAUGAGGGAGGCGUGAGGGAGAGUGGUAAGGAGGAAGCAAAGGGGAAGAAGAGAGAAGAGGGCGGGAUGAGGGACGAGCACAUGCACGAGGGAGGCGUGAGGGAGAGUGGUAAAAAAGAGGAGGCAAAGGGGAGAAAGGGGGGUGCGGAGGGGGUUGAGAACCAUAAACGCGGAGCUAAGGGGGUGACGGGGGAAGGAGUGCAGGAGAGGGUGCGGGAGCGGGUCCGGGUGAGAGUGAGAGGGGUGUUGGGGGCAGGGACGAGGGAGAGGAGUCUGGAUGAGUAUGAGAGUCCGCUGAUGAUGUUCCGGGUCGUGAGGGACGAUGCUGAACGGGUUGCUGAUAACGUGUAUGCAGAGGCAGUGGCAAAAGAAGCAGCAGCAGCAGCAGCAGCAGCAGCGUCGGCAUCUGCAUCAGGUGCAGCUAGCGCAGAAGAGGGUUACCACUCAGUGGUGUCGUUACUCCGAGCAUCCAUCUUAAAGCCCCAUCUUCAACCCCACCACCUUAUCCCAUUGCCUGCUACUGCUGCUAGAAGCGGGGGGGUUGGGGGGAGAUGGGGAGGAGGAGGAGGAAACGGAGCAGGAGGAGGAGCAGGAGUGGGAGUAGAGGGAGGGUGGGGAGCGGCAGGGGCAGGAGGGAGUGGGGAGAAGAGGAGUAUGGAGGGAGGGAAGGGAGGUGAGGGAGAGAAGAUUGGUAAGGGGGGGAGGAUGAGCGUGUGGGAUAGGUUGCCCCUCCUGCCCAUGCCAGGCCAGCCCCUGUGGCUCAUCCAUCUCAAUAAGAUAGACCCGUCUCUCAAGGGAAUGGGGCGGCUGCUCUUUGCUGCUUGUGCACCGGAACCCACCGCUGCCACUUUAGAAACGGUCAUUGCCUCACUAGCCCAUUUCCUGUACCACCAACCCGGCAGCAGCAGCAUGUGGCACGUCUUCUUCCGCCUCUUCGCUCUCCUCCCUCGCUGCUGCACCUGCCGUGGCUCUUCUGCAUGGCGCGCAUUCAGAGGGAGUUUGAAGUAA